GAAUUUCUUCUCUAUAAAACCCUCCAAACCCACACAUACAAUUCACUAGAAAAUCCAGCUCAGAUACUCGUAGAACCCCAGAAAAUCAGUUACCCCCAGGAGAAGAUUCGAAGCCAGUUGUUCUCUUUAAAAAAAUUAACAAUGUCUGGUUCUUCAAAGCGCGAAGCAGUAAAAGUAGUUUUUAUCGAUACUCAGUACGUUCAAACCGACCAGACGAGCUUCAAGUCUGUGGUUCAGCAACUUACCGGCAAAGACUCAUGCGUUACGCGGAUAAAAGGGAGCUCCUCUGAAGGUGCAAAGAGGGAGAUACUGUCAAGUGCAGAUCGUAAUAAUACUGCAUCGGGUUCUAUGUUGUCGAAAGGCAUGUCGUUCAAGGAUUUAGAUAGGUUUGUUUUGGAGCUCCCUGUUGAGGAGUUCGCAUGGCUGUAUGACCGUUGCUGGGAUAAUUCUUCGUAAUGCUAGCAUUUCUGGUUAAUAAAAUUAAAUUCUGUCGUAUUAUAUUUCACUUGGUUGAGAAGGUGUGCGUUGUUGUGAAUGUGUGGUUGCCUAUCACUCCACGACGUAUGGAAUUAAAAAUACUUGGUGG